GGAGGCUGAGGAGGAGAAUCCUGUGAACCCGGGAGGCGGAGGCUGCAGUGAGCCGAGAUCGUGCCACUGCACUCCAGCCUGGGAGACAAGAGCAAGACUCCGUCUCAAACGAGAAAAUGCUUGCAAAUAACCUGAAACCGCGGAACACUAUUCUUUUUAAAACAAGAUGUUUUAAAUAGGUCGUGAAAGUGGGCUUAAUGUUAUACUGCCUUAUUCCAGUGACAAAUAUUCAUCAUGUGUAAAAUGAGAGAAAUGAAAUGUUAUUAACACAAAGAUGUGAGACUUCCAUGAGAAGAGACGGUACCCUGUCUUAAGCGCCCACCAAGUCGCGAGGAUCCUUUUCCUGGUUAAGGCCUGGCCACAGCGAAAGAACCCUAGGCCCAGGGAGGGCCCCGAGAUUUCAGAUCCCGGGGCCCGGCUGUGCAGGUGGACCUCGCGGAAGGGGCGCUGGGGGCGGUAGGUCGAGAGCAGCCGACAGGGCUCCCACUGGCGCACCUGUUCACUUAACGGGGACCGCCGCCGCAUCCCCUCCCCAGCUAGUCGGUCCUUUCCGGAAGUUCCACCUCCCUAAAUUUUUUCCGGUUCCGCUUACUCCUUCCGGUCACCAUGGCGACCAGGCGCCUUGGGGUGGGGGAGACCCUAGGGGCCCUCAACGCGGCCCUGGGGCCAGGCGGUCCGGUGUGGAUCAAGGAGACGCGCACCCGCCACCUGCGUUCCCGAGACUUUCUAGCACCGCACCGCGCGCUGCAGGCGCGCUUCGAUGACGGCCAGGUUCCGGAGCGUUUUCUCCAAGCCCUCGCCUGCCUGCAGGGCCCUGGUGUGGCCCCGGUGCUGCGCUGCGCGCCGACCCCCGCGGGUCUGUCUCUCCAACUGCAGCGGCCCGCCGUCUUCGAGCGCGUCCUCAGCGCCGUGGCCGCCUAUGCCACGCCCGCCUCGCCUGCCUCGCUGGGCCAGCGAGUCUUACUACACUGCCCAGCACUGCGCAGCUCCCCCUGCGCACUCCGCUUGAGCCAGCUGCGUACGGUGCUCGUGGCCGAUCACCUGGCGCGAGCCCUGCGCGCUCACGGGGUGUGCGUGCGCCUAGUGCCAGCUGUGCGGGAUCCGCACAUGCUGACCUUCCUGCAGCAACUGCGGGUGGACUGGCCCGCUGCCUCGGAGAGAGCUUCCUCCCACACCCUGAGGAGCCACGCCCUUGAAGAACUUACCUCUGCUAAUGACGGGAGGACACUGUCCCCUGGCAUCCUAGGCAGACUGUGUCUGAAGGAGCUGGUGGAAGAACAGGGCCACACAGCUGGCUAUGACCCCAACCUGGACAACUGUCUGGUGACUGAGGAUCUCCUCUCUGUGCUGGCUGAACUGCAAGAGGCCCUAUGGCAUUGGCCCGAGGACAGCCACCCAGGCCUGGCUGGGGCCCCAGAUACUGGUACAGAUGGCUGCCUGGUUGUACAUGUUGUUAGCUGUGAGGAGGAGUUCCAGCAACAGAAGUUGGACCUGCUUUGGCAGAAGUUGGUUGACAAGGCUCCACUCAGACAGAAGCACCUCAUCUGUGGCCCUGUGAAAGUAGCUGGUGCACCUGGCACUCUGAUGACUGCCCCUGAGUACUACGAGUUCCGGCAUGCCCAGGUGUGCAAGGCCUCAGCACUGAAGCAUGGUGGGGAUCUGGCACAAGACCCAGCCUGGACAGAGAUCUUCGGUGUUCUCUCUGUGGCCACCAUCAAGUUUGAGAUGCUGAGCACAGCCCCUCAGAAUCAGCUCUUCCUGGCUCUGGCUGACAGCAGUAUCUCCACGAAGGGCACAAAGAGUGGCACCUUUGUCAUGUAUAAUUGUGCCCGUCUUGCCACACUCUUUGAGAGUUACAAGUGUAGUAUGGAACAAGGUCUGUACCCCACUUUUCCUCCUGUGAGCAGUCUGGACUUCUCACUGCUACAUGAUGAGGGUGAGUGGUUGUUGCUCUUCAACAGUAUCCUCCCCUUUCCGGAUCUGCUGAGCCGGACAGCAGUGCUGGACUGCACAGCCCCGGGGCUCCACAUUGCUGCACGCACAGAGAUGGUGAGGCACAGACAACCAGGACACUCUACACUCUAUUCUUUAUUCUGGCCUGGGGCACAAGAGCAAAGAGAUGGGCCAGUGACUCAGUUUCUGUCUCUAGAUAUGCAAGUUCCUGGUACAGCUCAGCAUGGAUUUCAGCUCCUACUACAACCGGGUACACAUCCUGGGGGAGCCUCGACCACACCUCUUUGGUCAGAUGUUUGUCCGCCUGCAGCUUCUGAGGGCUGUGCGUGAGGUGCUCCAUACUGGCCUGGCUAUGCUGGGUCUCCCUCCACUGAGCCACAUCUAAGGCCACAGAGGCUCCAAUACUUGGGAAUGUUCACCAAAUCAUCAACUGGAAAAAAAGCAAAAACCCACAGCCAAAAUAAAUUGGUACUCUUACAAA